AUCGGGUAGUUUCAAUCAUUCCCAACGAAGAUCUAUUUCUUAUAUUCUUCAGUUGGGUUGCAACGACCAACCACUAAUGCUUGAGGCUCUUCACGGAUGCUGUGCUGCUCCACUUGCAAUCGCUCCCGAACUGCUGUGAUGGCGAUGAUUGCCUUUGCAAGUACUUCGGAUCCGUGUCCAAGUCAAUGACAACGCUCUUCCGUUCCAUUCUGGGUGGUUUGGACUGGCAAGUACCAGCUGAUUUACUCGUAGAGGUGGGGGAGGGUUGGAUGCAGCUCUUUCAUGUCUUCAUCGGCAUGGCAAUGCUGGCUCUUUUGAAUGUUAUGAUUGCGGUUUUCUGCAACAGUACCAUCCGUGCAGCCGAUCUGAACCACGAGGUCAUGAUGGAGAAUCGGACCUCUUUGCGUGCCAAGGCCGCGAAGCUUUUCCGACGCAUGGAUGAAUCCGGCUUCGGAUGCCUCACGAUCACGGAGUUUGAGAAAGCCUUUGAUGAUGAGAUGCCCGCGCUCGAAAGAGAUCGUUGUUUUUCCCCUGCUGUGAGCGAGUGGUUUGUGGUUCAGCUUUGCCCAGUGUUUUGCUUCCAAACCGACAUGGUUUUGAUCAUAGACCAAGCUCAUUCAGCCGCUGCUAGCUAGGGAAUAUUUAGCAUUUUCAAUAGGUCCUUUAACUUGUUCAUUUCUUUUCACCGGUUCUUCC